AUGGAGGACAAACUUAACGCGUUGAAACGUUUGCAAGCGGGCGAAAGUGCAAAAAAGAUAGCGAGUGAGAUGGGAGUGGGGACUAGUACAGUGAGUGACUGGAAAAAAUCCCGUGAAAAAAUAGAAAAAUGGUGUUCUAACCAGGCAUCAAGUUCAGGAAUAAAAAAGUGCAAAAUGAUGAAAACGGCCGUAAAUGACAAAGUUAACGAAGCGUUAUUUUUGUGGUUUACACAAUGUAGAUCAAAAGGACUGCCCGUGUCUGGACCCAUUUUGCAGGAAAAGGCUCUCCAAUUUAAUAAGGAAAUCGGAAGUGAUCCCAAUUUCAAAGCCAGUGAGGGGUGGUUGGAAAAGUGGAAGAAUCGAUAUGGGGUCAGAAAGCUUCAUAUAAGCGGAGAAAAGUUGUCAGCAAAUGAAAACGCUGUGGGAGAGUUUAAAAUGUUUUUACACAAGCUGCUUGACGAGGAAGGAAUCAGCGGGGACCAGUUAUACAACUGUGACGAAAGUGGUCUGAACUUUAAAAUGCUACCUAGCUGCACUCUCGCUUCCAAGGAAGAAAAUAGCGCUCCAGGUUAUAAGAAGAAAAAGGAGAGGGUUACAAUAAUGGCCUGCAGCAACGUCACAGGAAACAAUAAACUCAAACUCUGCAUGAUUGGAAAAUCAAAUAAACCAAGAGCGUUUAAAAACUUCAAAGAUCAGUCGACAUUGCCGGUGUGGUACAGAGGACAAAAAAGCGCUUGGAUGAAUUCUGCGAUCUUCAGAGAGUGGUUUAACAAUCAGUUCGUCCCGUCUGUUGAAAAGUUUGCUGAAAAAAACAAUUUGCCAAAGAAGGCUAUUUUAUUGCUUGACAACGCCCCUUCACACCCGUCUGCAGAUGAACUAACAAGUGGAGAAAUAAAGUGCGUGUUUUUGCCGCCGAACGUAACCUCUUUGUGCCAGCCAAUGGAUCAGGGGGUCCUUGAAACACUUAAACGUUUGUAUCGACGUAAGCUACUGACGAUCAUUAUUGAGGGCAUGGAUGUGGGAAAGAGUGUUUCUGAGUGCCUUAAAGACACUGACAUGCUAGAUGUUGCCUUGUGGAUUUCUAGCGCUUGGGAAGAGCUUAAAAGAGAUUUAACGUUGGUUAAAUCGUGGAAAAAGCUUUUGGACCACAAAGUAGACCAAGAUUAUAACAAAGAAGUAGAAAAAGAAACAGAAAACUGCAAUGACAAAACAGGUGAAGAAAUCGUUCAACUCUUUAGAAACGUUCCUGGUUGUGACAACAUAGACAGUGACGCAGUGAGUGAGUGGAUGAAGGAAGACGAAAUCCAGGAGUUUACUGACAAUGACAUUAUAGACUUAGUUAACGCAGACCCCGCUCCUGACGACGACGAAGAAGAAGAAAUCCAGAAAACAACCAUGACGCAUAGUGAGGCUUUCCAGGCCAUCGAACAGCUGAUCGAGUAUGUCGAGAAACAAGAGGAAGCAACGGGAGCCGAUCUUCUGCUUUUUCGUAGGUGGAGAGACAUUACGUCAAAGAAGCGUGUUAAUCGAGCCAAACAAGCCACAAUAACAUCGUUUUUGUCCAAAACUUAA